AUGGCAGCGCCCGCUCAGUUCAUUGAUUAUGUGGCUGCAGAACGGCUUGCUACGUCGUUCGAUGUUGGGGCGGCGAUGCUAUUGGUAUACGACUGCUCACUGACGUUGGGCAUGGAGAUUGAGUUUGUGUGGUCAUCGCCAUGGGGGUUUAUGACAGUGCUUUAUAUCGUUCAGCGAUAUUUGCCUUUCUGUGACGCGAUUUUUCUCUGUCUGCCUCCCCAAUUGGCGGCAAAUAUCGACCCACAUGGCUGCCUCAUUGUUAAUAUGAUACGAGGGUGGUUGAUGAUUUUUGGCUGGAUUUUGUCUGAAGUUAGUACAAAGCCAUACCCAGAAUUUGUCGGUUGCUUUUUCACCAGUGCAAACCACAUCGUGUACGUGAAUUGGGUUGUAUUCAUGAUUUACGAAGCUGGACCUAGUUUUCCGCUUGCUCAUAAGCUGCCCUUUCAGAUCGGCGAGGAGGGAAUGCUGAUCUGCAUCACGUCAUAUAUGGCGAAGCGACGGUCGGCACGACACAUUCAUUGUGCUAAAGCAGCAAAAGCCCUUUCAAUAGUCAACGUCGUAGUCGUGUGUGCGCUCUCUAGAGAGUAUCUCGCCGUUAUUGCUACACCUACACGUUGA